CAACAUUGUGUCUUGUAAACACAGUUUGGAGAAAAAGUUAUUGUGUUUUUUAUUGUUACGAAUCUUUUAAAAUAAGACUAAUUCAAUGUAAAUUCAAACAAAACAUUUACAAAUUUCAAAAAAGAAGCAAAAAUAUAAUUAAUUUUUCAUAAGGAAAACAAUGUACGUGUAGAGAGUAUUGUAUAAAUUCAUAAGUAUAUAUAUUGUGCAAAAUGUUCGACUCCACCCAAGAAAUAAGUUUGGAUGUGUGGCAAAAAUGGAUUUUGGAAGCCAUUUCCAAAAUUCGUUCCCAGAAGCAGAGGCCCAGUGUUCAGCGUAUUUGUCAGGCAAUUGGUACACAUCAUAAAUUCCACGAAGACAUUGUGGCCGAAAAGCUGGAACAAAUUGUGGAAACUGGCGCCGUCAUUAAAGUUUACAACAAGGGAUUGCAUUCGUAUAAGGCUCCAAUGGCGAAGCGCGUAAUUAGCAUUGAGAAAAAUACCAACUUGUGCAAGAUAGUGGCCAGAGCCGUACACGAUCUGGGCGAAUGUGAAGGAUCCAGCUUAAAAAGUAUUGAAAACUACAUACAAAAAUUCAAUAAUAUUGAACUUGUUGAUGACGCAGACUACAAAACGAUCAUCAAACAGUCGAUUAAAAAGGCCGUAGAGGCUGGUUUUCUCAUACAGGAGGGUAAACUAUACAAAAAAGGUCGUUCAUUGACGACACCAAGAAACUCAAAUGCAUCGGCCGACAUACCCGUACAAAUUGGCAACGACACAUGCAAACACUGUUCGGGAAAUGCUCAGAAAAAUCUGAACGGCAUUCCUGAACCAUUGAGUUCAUGCAAACAAUGUGGUAUUUCGCUGCACACUACGUGCGCCAAUAUAGCUGCGAAAUGCAAAACACAGUCAUUUGUAUUGCUUUAUAUGCUGGUGACCAAGGGUAGCUCAUGGUAUUGUGAGAAUUGUGUCAAGUGUAGCGCAUGUGGCAAGGGCAACAAAGGUCCGUGUCUUUUGCAAUGCUUUGUCUGUCAGAAGAAUUUCCACUUGAAUUGUUUGGAUACGAUACCUGACAAGAAACCCAAACAUCCAUACAGAUGCAGUACUUGCUUGAAACUGAAUACGGACGUUUUCCGAUUGGUUAAGGGCAAAGAUGCUCAAAAAAAGAUGGUGUUGACUAAAAGUCGUGCAUCGGCAACCGCUAAGCAACAAGUAACCAAUUCUUCGCCUUCGUCAAAAUUAAACUUGAGUAAUACGUCGAAUACUACACCCAAUAGCUCCCCGGAAAAGGGAUGGUCUGUCGUCAGAAGUAAGGGAGGCACUAAAGCGACACCCAUCAAAGUGGAACCGAAUGUAUUCGAAGCGGUCGCAACUUCAACGGCAGCAGCAAUGGCUAAAGCCAGAGCUCAAGCUAAUGCAGAGGAAACAUUCAAACAACAGUUGAGCGCUUACCAGGAAACAUCCCUGAAAAAUCUCAAAAGUCGCAAAAGAACUCUAUCGAAUUUAUCAUCGUCGAGCUCUUCCAGUGACAGUGACGAUGAACAGAAUAACGAAGGUGAUGACCAGGAUAAUGACGAUACUUCGUCCUCAGAUUCUUGUUCCUCAACUAGCAGCAGUGGCUCGGAUUCGUCCGAAAGUAGUAGCGACAGCUCCGAUUGUGAUGACAAUGAUGAUGAUAAUGACGACGAUGACUACGAUUCGGAAAAUAGCGAAUCAAAAUCAAAUGUCAUGUUGGCGCAAAUUUACAAGAAGCAAAAAUGUGAAGGUUUAUUGAGUGCUGGGUCGAUCGGCAAGCAUUUAAAUUUAGUGCAGCCCCAGAAGGAGGAGGAAUGGGGUUUUGCUGCUGUCGCUAAAAGUCAUCCUGAUAUUUUCGCCAAUAGCAGCAACAGCAAUACUGGAAAUAGUAGUAGCGAUAUUGUGAAAAGUUUAAAAUCGGUAAAACGAAAAAUUACCGAACAUUUUACUUUGAUGACGAAAGAUCAAGAACAAGAUCAACAGCAACCACAACCACUAACACCAACCCCAACACAACAACCACAACAUAAUCAAACAGAACAACAACAGCAACAACAAUUGCUACAGAAACCUUCUUUGAUCCAUCAAACGUCAUGUGGGAAUCCGCAGGCAAUUUUUCCUCAGAAUGAUUCGAAAUUAAAUACAGACAAAAUUAAGAAUAAAUCAACUACGCCCAGUCCGACUCAAACUCAGGCUGUUCAGAAACCUACCAUGAUGAUAAAAUACAAGUCGAAACCAACGACAGAUGUCAGUUUGGCAAAAAAAGUCGAAGCUGCGGUUGUACAAAAGAAAGCAGUUUUGUUAAAGUCGAUGCCAUUGGAAAAGAAGCCGAUUCAUAAAUCGGCCGAUGAAGAUGAGGAGGAUGCCAUACCGUAUCUAUCGCAAAAAAAUGUUAUCAAAUAUAAAAUGUUGGAAGACAUCGACAAAGCAAAAAAUCCAGAGAAAAUAGAGGAAGCGCCCAAAGAGCCCGAAGAAAAACAUCCCUGGGAGGUGAAGGCAGAUGAAAACCCCUUUGAUUCACAACCACUACCAAAUGGUGUGUCACAAGCCGACUACGAUGUCUACAAGGUGAUUAGGGAAAGAGCACGCAAAGCAAUUACUGGUGCUAUGGAAAGUCCCAGCAAACUGAUCACAAAGCCAGCGUUUAUUAGUUCAAAUGCCGAACGUUGCCCCGGUUCAAUCGAAAUAGGAAAAUGGCAUAUAGAGACCUGGUAUUCGAGCCCCUUUCCACAAGAAUACGCCAGACUGGCCAAGUUAUAUUUAUGCGAAUUUUGCUUAAAGUAUACAAAAAGCCGAUCAGUGCUUGAUCGACAUCAAAAUAAGUGCUCGUGGAAGCAGCCACCCGGAACAGAGAUAUAUCGACAUCAAGACCUUUCAGUAUUCGAGGUUGAUGGGAAUAUCAAUAAAAUCUAUUGUCAAAACUUGUGCCUCUUAGCCAAGCUCUUUUUGGACCAUAAAACACUCUACUAUGACGUAGAGCCUUUUCUUUUUUACGUCCUCACUAAAAACGAUAAUAAAGGUUGUCAUCUAGUUGGUUAUUUUUCGAAGGAGAAACACUGUGCCCAAAAGUACAAUGUGUCGUGCAUUCUAACAAUGCCUCAAUUCCAGAGGCAGGGAUUUGGUCGCUUUCUCAUUGAUUUCAGUUAUCUUUUGAGCCGCGAAGAAGGCCAGCUGGGCACACCCGAAAAACCUCUGUCGGAUUUGGGCCGACUCUCGUAUUUCUCAUACUGGAAAUCAAUUCUCUUGGAGUACAUGUACGACCAUAGAAAUGAUCAAAAGAUUACGUUCAACGAAAUUGCUCUUGAAACUGGCCUAACUGUUGUGGACAUCGCUCUGGCCUUAGAGUUGUUGGACUUUAUAAAAUUGCGCAAAAACGAGCAUGACAUUCGCUAUCAAAUUAACAUAAAAGUUGACUGGCAAAAGGUAACUGAGCACCAUAAUAGGCUUGAAAGAAAAAAUAAUCGCAUUCAAAUCGAACCGGAAAGACUACGAUGGAGUCCACUGUUGACGUACGUUAAAAACAACCAUUCGUUGGACCAGUCAGGCAGACAAAGCCUCUCGCCAAGAAAAAAUGUUUUGAAAAUUGAAGAAUCGCCGAAUAUACCGAAAAUAAACAGCCAAAGGCCACAAAAGCUGCCAACAUCGUCGCCGUCAGCAGCAAUAUCAUCUGCAACAAAAACAAUUAAAAAAAUAUCUUGCGGUAAUCCAAAGAUAAAUGAUGAUGAACGCAGCAGCAUUGUUCCGAAAACAGAAAAUGUCUCUACUAUCGCUAAGAAUGACCAGGUUGUUGAAAUUGUUCAAAAUUGCACGAAUUCGGAAAAUUUGUUUCAAGACAACAACAAGGAAAGCGAAUACAUGAACAAGCGCAAAAGAACCGACAGCCCUUGCCAAAUAGAAGCAGAAAAUGAAACAAAAGUGGAGAAUGUAGAAAAGUUACAGAACGCUACUACUAAUACGAACAACUUGGACGAUCAACAUGAUAUGGAAAUAUGCUCACCAGUUGAAGAAAUACAGACCAAGCAGGAACAGGAACAGGAUCAGGAUCUGCAACAAAGUAAUCAUAAAAAUGAGGACGAUCCGAUCGUGAAAGCUGAACAAGCUGAGGCUGCUAAAUGCGGCUCAAAUCGCUCCCAACGCUUAGCUAAUCGCAAACAAGGCACCGUCUUACCGCCACUUAAAAGAAAACACGAGGAAGUAUCCGAAUCUAAAACUGAUUCAAAUAUAGAGGCUACCGCAUUCACCACCGGUAAUGAAACUAUUGAAGAACCUGUUUUGGAAAAAACUCCAACUAGCAAUGAAAAUACUGCCGCAAAAGAUGUAGAAGAUCCAUCUAAAAUAAAUAUAAAUACACCAGAUGCAGAACAAGAGAAAAUAGCACCAACAUCUGCCAAAACUGUGGAAUCAAAAAAUGACAAGCGUGUGCCGAAUUUGUUUCCCAAAUUGAGAGCAAAAAAUUCGGGAAAAAUAAAUGAGGAAAUUACAAAUGAUGCCGAAAUAGAAUCGCCGCAGCAAAAGCCAAAAGAUGAUGUACCAGCUGAGGCUGCAAACAAAAUUGAGGAAAUAGUGGAAACAACAAAUGAAAGCUUUAAAAAAUCGGCUAUCAAAGUUGAGUACAAUCCUCCUUCAACUGGCUUCAAUACGUCUCCGUCUCCAUCUAGUUCAGUUAUAAAAUCAACAGAAAAUGAUGAAAAAGUUCUAGAGGCUGUUGCAAAGAAAACUAAAAAAUCUCUUUUCAAUGAAACCCAAAGCCAGGUUAAACCUGAGAUAGAAACAACACACGUCAUCAACGUUCCCAAACAACCGGACAUUGCAGCGCUAGAGCAGAAAGAUAAUACUAAACAAAUGGAAGAUAAAGAUCUGGAUAAAUUAGGGACAAAAAUUCAAGCUCCGACUAAACAAAAUGUCGAAAAUGUUUUCAUCGAAAAUUCUGAAUCAACCAAAAUCAAUCAACAUGUGACAAAUUGUAAUGUAUCAGUCAUUAACGAAUCCAAGUUGGCAGUGGAAAAUCGCGAAACACCUAGUGCUGCCAUCGUAGAAGCUACCGAAGAGAUGAAACCUACAUCGUCUACCGAAGAGCCCAAGCAGGAACCAAAAAAGGAAUCUGAAGUUCUAAAAACCGAACAAUUUUCACCACUUGGUAAAAGUCCCCAUCAAAGUGAAACAGCAAUAGCAAUCGCUCAAGAGCCUGUAACAGCUAAGCCUUUCAAUGAAGCUGAAAUUUCAAUUCCUCCCGAAGGCGACAUAAAAGUUGCAAAAAACUCAAUAUUGGAACAGACAAGGCAAACUGAGACAAAGCCGCAGGAGACCAUACUGGCAAAUAACCCGUUACCAACCAUUGUCAAACCAGAAAUAUCUCAAGUGCAGCAAAACACAGAUCAAAUACAACCUAAAAAAGAGCAGCCCACAUUAAAAAGUCCACCAAAAGCAGCUCCGCCUAUAAACAUACCAGACACAAAACCUGUUUUAGUUCCAGCACAAUUGCCUCAGUCUGUAUUGCAAUCUACAGAACAGCACAUUCAAAUACCUCAUCAGCUGCCAUUACCGGCACAGGCACAUCAGUCACAUCCAACUGUAUUGCACACAUCCAGUGGUGGUAUUUUGAAGACGUCUGCAGACAAGUUCAAAUGUAAAUCUGAAAGAAUGUCCUCGGAACAUGUCACCGCCAACAUAAUAAACAGUGAAAGAUCAGCGACGCACGAAAAACACCUUAAAUCGUCAAACAAAUCCAAGGACAAGAUGGACCCAAAAAUUUCCUCGGAAUCCAAAAGUAAGUCCUUGCACACUGGACGCGAAAAACCAGACCUACAAAACAAGUUAGUUGCCCAAAGUCAAGGCGUAAAGCCUUUGCAUGGCCCCAUACAAAUUAAGGAAGAAGAUAGAAUGUUGCAAGCUUCAGUAUCUUCUUCGACAGCGCCAGCAGUCCACGAUAAAUUGCAUUUCAAGCCCACAGCAGAACACAACUUGAACACAAUCGAUUUAAAUAAAAUAGCGCCACAAUUUCCUUUAAAUCAGUUGUCCAAUUAUCACACAUCUCAGUAUUGGCAGUGGGACUACUAUGGUUACAAUCUGUCACAUUUGGAUGCUACUGCACAGAAAAAUCAAAACAAAUUCCACAAGGAUUUAGCCACAUCAAUGGCCUACAAUAACUUCACACAAAAUCUAUACCAAUCGGCAAAUUUGGCCAUGCAACAUGUCCACCAACAACACAUGCAACAGCAACAACAGCAGCAACAACAACACCAUCCCAAGGACAAACUGAAGGCCGAACGUAAAACAAGCCCUCUUAAAAAAGAAGAGGCCAUCAAAAAUCAUACUCACACAUCCAGUGUCAACGAAAUGAUGCGCGAAGAAAAUCCGGCUUGCAGUUAUAACAACAACAAUCAACUUCUAUACGCUAAUGCCCAGAAGAAUAGGCCAAUAACACAAUCCGAUCAUCAUCAUAUACGUUCCACAAUCAACACUCAUCAGAGUUCCACAAACAAAUACCACAAUGCGCAACAGCAACAGCAAGGCUCGGCAAGCCUGUUGGCGGCUCAGCAACUGCACCAGCAACAGCAGCAACAAGCAACUUGUCAGAAAGCUAAAGUCGAACAGAAUAUCAAUCAGUCAGCCACGGCUCCACCAUCGACAAAUCCUAAUGAGGACAUUAAAAUUAAAUCAACAAGUUCAUCUGUUAUGAGCAAUAAUUCGCAACAGCAGUCUACCAAUGCGGCUACUGUCAGUCCUGAAAUCCCUUCCCCAAUGGUAUACAGUAGCAACAACACUAACAACAACGAAAAUGUAGGCACUAAUAGUAACAAUGCGAGCGCCGCCUCCAACAGCAGCAACAACACAAAUGCCAACAACUCUAGCAACAACAGCAACAACGGCCCGAAUGCAAUGCAUCAUUAUGAAUGUAAUCUUAAUGUGCCAAUGGGUAUGGAUUCUCCAGCCAGCAUCGCCAGCGAUAUAACACAGAAUUCCUCAGAAGUAUCGGGUAGUGGAGUUCACAUGCAACAGACACAACAAUUCUCUAAUUGUUCAAUGCAAAAUCAAGGAACCAACACACCUAUGCACAUGUCCAUACAUACACCACAACAUAUUCAGCAACAACAACAGCAGCAGCAACAACAGCAGCAGCAGCAGCAACAACAACAGCAACAAAAUAAUAUGAGUAUUAACAAUCAAAAUCUCAAUAAUUUGGGACAUAAUCAACAGCAACAACAACAGCAGCAGCAACAACAACAGCAUAAUACACAACAAAAUCGUAAAAUAAAUCAGAAUGAAAAUCCAACAUCAUCUGGCUCCAGUGCUGUCCAGAGGUCAACUACACCAAAACUAAUGCGAAACGCAAAUACAUCAACCUCGAAUGCGCACAGACAAUCUAAGCAGCAACAGCAGCAGCAACAACAACAACAGCAGCAGCAGCAAGCUUUAAACAAUGGUCUUACUCAACAACAGCAACAGCAGCAGCAACAAGCAUUAGGUAACCACACCAAUCAGAACAGUUCGGAACAAACGCAGCACCAAGAACAAUUGCAUAACAUUCAGUUUAGCCAAUUAAAUGCACAUGCCCAUCAUCAAAACAUGCAGGGCUCCGACAACAUAUACAUUUCUCACCUGGGACAAAAUUACGCCGGCAACUCUUCGAACUAUAAUGAAAUCGCUAACAUGCCCGCUGUUAUACAACAACGGAUGUCACUAAACAGCGCAAUCAAUUCACAUACAGGAUCAUCAGUACGUGUCGAACAGUCGUCACCUUCUUGUGCCGUCAAUAACUUUUAUUUACAAAACAACUUGACUGCAAACGAUUCGUUGAACAAUGCAGCUAGGGUGCCUAUUUCUAUACCAUCGGGUGGCUCUUCAACAGCCAGUUCGUCCAACGAACAUACAUUAAAUCAGCAACAACAACAACAGCAGCAGCAGCAACAACAGCAGCAGCAACAACAACAGCAACAGCAGCAACAACAAACCAGAUCGGAAUCGUUACCAAGUGCACAGGCUGGAUCGCCAGCUGUUGUUGGUAACUUAAGCAGCCUCUCUAGAUUGCAACAAUUAACGAAUGGUUUGGAUAUACCACCAUGCAAUACAUCGCCUAUAGGCCAGGUCGACAUGACCUCGCCACCGCAACACGGUUUGGCCAAUAAUUCGAUGACUCCGCCACCACAUUUGAUUGUACCACAAAAUAGAAAUCCGAAUACAUCGCCCAACAUGCUGCAAUCUCAAAUGGCAUCGUUGCAGUACAAGUACUAUUCGAGCAACAUGAAUAUAGCACCCAUUACUACAACUCCGCAGAGUAUCAGCCGAUCUGUACGCAACACUGCAUCGGCACCCAUUCAGCACAUUUCCUCUUCGCCCUCCACCUCUUCACCCAAUAGUAGCCGACCCGCUAACGUACACAUUACACCGAAUUUAAUGGCACCCUACAGCGCCAUCAACAGCUAUCGUAUGUCUGCCCAACAGGGCCCUUCGUCCGGCUAUUCAACCGGUGGCGAAUAUCCAAACACCCAAAUACCAAUGCAAAUGGGUGUCAUGAAUAUGCAAUCUCAAUAUCAAGAUGCAUGCGCCAUACAAAGAGCUGCGCAACAGAAUUCAAUGUACUCUACCUACUCCCCAUAUAUAUCUUUGAAUGCCCCCAUGAGAAGAUAAGUGAAAAAGAAGAACAAGUUAAAAUAUUGAAUAUUUUAGCUUGCUUGCACACACAACAAAAAACUUUAAUAAUAAUAACAUUUACAUUAACACAACGUCCCUUCUUUUUUCAUGCAUUCACUCUCUCUCUCAUGAAUAUUUUCGUAUGUACUUUAGAAUAAAGAUGAGCGAUAUUUCCAUACCUGAGAUUUAAUCACUGUGAUUGAAAAAUCACUGGUAACAACAGUUACUGAAUAUAGGAAGUAACAGGUACAUUUAAGUCGUUCUUUCACAUUUUUCAACAUACUGUUAAAUGUCGUUCUGUUAUAUUAUUCAACAUUCACUGGUAACGUUUUUAAAAAAUCACUGGUAACAAAUGGAAAAAGUAACAGGUACUUUUAAUGCCGUUCUUUUACGUAUUUCAACAAACUGUCGUUCUUUUAUAUUUUUCAACAUUCGUUGGUAACAACAGUUACUGCAUAUUUUUAGGCGCAUAAUUUUAUAUAUCUCCAAAAUAAUGUACACAAUAAAAUGUUAGUAACAUAUGAAAACUACUUGAGAUAUUGAAACUAAAUUUUCAAAUUUGAAUUACAAUGACUCUAGAAAUAUAUUUUAUGAAAAAAAAAAAAUAUUUUUAGAUAAAUAAAUUUUAAAAAAUACAUAUAAGUUUUUGGUUAACAUAAGAACAGAUUUAUUAAUGAAAAUUAUACAUAAUGUAUUCUUCUUAACAUAAUUGUUAUUUUGCUUAACAUAGACAAAACGUGAUCACAGUUACUGUUUAAAAGAACAGCGAUUUAUAAAUCAUGUUCACUGAGAACGACGUUCUUCAAAAAUCACGGGAUCGCUCAUCUCUACUUUAGAAUACAUACACUGUGGGGCAAAAAUUACUGAAUGCUUGUAAUGUUUUUAUGAAAUUGUCAAUCUAUUUUGUUCACAUUUCAGAAUUUUAAAACAGUUUUCAAUUUUAUAAAUCAUUAAGUGUACUCGUCGAUUACAAAUAUAUGUUUAUGCGAAUAUUUAAAUAUACACACUGUUCUUCAUUUGAAUGCAUAAUUUUAAUAAUCUUUGGAUGAAAUUUUUAAGUGCUUCAUUAUUGACAUUAUUUAAUCGAAUUUAGGAAGUCAUUUAGAAGAAAUUGUAAUGUACUAUUGCUUUAGAAGUCAUGUAAAUUACAUUCACUUUGAACUAUUUCCAAAUUUUAUUGAAUAACAUUUAAUUUUUUUUUUUUAAGUUUCAAACAUUUUCCGAAAAUGUAUUCAUUAUAUUAGCAAUUUUCAAAAGAAUUAAAAACAUUGUCUCAUUUUUGCACCACCAUAAGUUGCAUACGAUUGAGAGUAAUAAAUAUUACACACCACCAAUUGAUGUUUCAUGGCUAAAAGCAUGGAAAUGAGGUUAAGGCAAAACACACUAAAAUCUUUUUACAGUUUAUUUGUAUUUUUAAUUUUUUUUACCUUAUUUUUGAUCCAAAAGGGGCAACUUAAUUUUUGUUCCACUCAACACUAGGGUGUUGGUUACAAGAAAUUUGUUCAACUGCUUUGUAUGUACAUAUCUAUACCUACAGCUGACACUUAGGCCGAACUGUAACAAACCAAUCCAGCCGCUCAAACAAUAUAAAAUAGAAUUUUAUGGAGAAGCGGUGGAGUAUAUGCAAAGAGGAAUAUAUGGAGAAUUUAAAAAUAUUACAACUAUAAAUUAUAUUAGAAAUUACUGGCAUUCGUAACAUUUCUUAUUAGCAUGUAUUCACUAUCACACAAACACACACACAUAAUUAUUCUUACUAAACUUUUAUUCACUUGAUGUCCUUAAAAGGAAAUUAUUAAUAAAGUUUUAUCAACAAAAAAAAUAAAAACAAAAUAAUAAUAAAAGUAAUAGAUAUUGUAUGUGUCAAUAUAA